AUGGCCAUAAUCCGAGCCAGAUCUCCUAGCCCGGGAUCAGAGUUCAUCCAGUCAGUGCCAGCGACGUUGGACGAGUGGGAAAGCAGUUCGAUUUGGGUCGAGUCGACGACGACGGCGACGGUGCCAGUAUGGACAUCACCAUCAUCCUGGACGCCGUCUUCGAGCGCUUGGGACGAGUGGGCCACGACGAGCACCACAUGGGAGCAGCCUGUCGCGACGACGACGCCAUGUACGACCACCACGCUUAUAACAACCCCAUGCUGUACCACGUCGCCUGAACCAGGCAUCACGACUGGCUCUUCUGAGACCGUCAUUGUGCACCACGACGGGGGCGGCCUGGCGCCUGGCGUCGUGGGCGGCAUCGUCAUCGGCGCUUUCUUUGGCGUGUUCCUGCUCUUCCUUUUGUGCGUUUUCUGCUUCCGAGCCCGGCAGCGCAACGCGUACUAUGCCGACGACGAGUCGUCAGAGGAUAGCCGCCAUCGUCGCCGGCGGCCGCGACCGGUCGAUCCCUACGGAGGCCGAGGGAUGACCUUUGUGGGCGGCGGCAAUCAGCGAGAGACGAAGGUCGUCAUCACGAAGAGCCAGCGCGUCUUUGUCCGGCCUCCGCCUGCGAAGAGGGAAAGAAUCAGGACUUACCGCAGAGAGAAACUGGUGGUGGAGGAAGACGACGACUAG